UACCACCUCAGGAGGGUUCCAGGGAAGAACCCCACCCCCACUCCAACCAGGUCACAAUGGCUGGAGCUCUGAGGGGCCCAGGCUCCCUGAGCCAGGAGGAGAGAGGAGAAAGUCCAAGGAAAGAUGGCUGGCAGUCACCCCUACUUCAACCUGCCGGACUUCACGCAGCCAUCGCCGCCCUCCACUCCACCCAGCCUCCCCUCACACCAGCGCUGCCAGCCCUCUGAUGCCACCAAGGGUCUGCUGGUGGCCCUGUUGGGUGGGGGCCUGCCUGCUGGCUUUGUGGGCCCCCUUUCUCGUAUGGCUUACCAGGCUUCAAACUUGCCCUCGCUGGAGCUGCUCGUCUGUCGAUGUCUCUUCCACCUCCCUAUUGCCCUGCUACUUAAACUGCGUGGCGACCCACUUCUGGGACCUCCUGACAUCCGAGGCCGGGCCUGCCUCCAUGCCGUGCUCAACGUCUUCAGCAUUGGAUGUGCCUACACUGCAUUUCAGAUGGUGCCCACUGGCAACGCUGCCACUGUUCGCAAAGGUUCUUCCACCGUCUGCUCUGCCCUCCUCGCCCUCUGCCUUGAGAGCCAGGGUCUCAGUGGCUACGACUGGUGUGGACUGUUGGGCAGCAUCCUAGGAUUAAUAAUCAUUGUGGGACCUGGACUAGGGACACUGCAGGAGGGGACCACAGGUCUCUACACCGCCGUAGGUUAUGUGCUGGCUUUCCUGGGAGGCCUGAUGCUGUCCCUGGGGCUUCGGGUCUAUUGUUCUCUGCUCUUUCCCUCCUGCCUCCCAACAGUGGCCUUCCUGUUUGGCUUGGUGGGGCUGCUGGGCUCUGUGCCAGGCCUUUUUGUGCUGCAGACCCCCGUGCUGCCCAGUGACCUCCUGAGUUGGAGUUGUGUGGGGGCAGUGGGGAUCCUCGCCUUGGUCUCCUUCACAUGUGUGAGCUAUGCGGUCACCAAGGCCCACCCUGCCCUGGUGUGCGCUGUCCUGAAUUCUGAGGUGGUGGUGGCCCUUAUACUGCAGUAUUAUAUGCUCCAUGAGACUGUGGCACCUUCUGACAUCAUGGGGGCAGGGGUUGUGCUGGGCAGCAUUGCCAUCAUCACAGCCCGGAACCUCAGCUGUGAGAGGGAAGGGAAGGUGGAGGAGUGAGAUAGAACUUGGGAGCCUGGGGGUUGGGAGGGGCAGGGGUAAAUAGAGGCAAAGACUGAAGACGAACAUGGAAGGACAAGUGACUGGAAAAGAACUGGUGUGGGAGAGGGAUACCUCUGAGUCAAGAGUGACUUGGGGACUUGGUGGAGAGUGACUACCUUCAAGACCUGGAGCCAGCCUGGGACCAAGGGAUGUGGAGUCCAAGCUGGGUCCUGGGAAUCAGGGCAUAACUAAGGGGUAAAGUCUGAGGAGCAGAUCCAAGGGGCAGAGGCAGGCAGGCCGUGGGCCACGGGGAGGACUUCACUCAGCAGCAAAGAGAAGAGCAUUGGGGCUGGAGUGUUCUGGCAAAGACAGAGCCAGCAGCUGCGCUGGGGGAGGGGAGCGUGCCUCCCCACCCCUCCCCUCACGGCUAAGGUUUCCUUUUCUCGUGCUUGUGCCCCCUCCUUGGGGUGGUGACGUGACAUUGACAUCAAACAAGGAUUACUCUGAAUGUG